AUGCACGGGGUGAAUGCGCCCAAGGUGGUGGAGUGCAUGGGAUCUGAUGGCCGCGUGUACAAGCAGCUCGCUAAGUCGGGCAACGACGACCUGCGCCAGGAUGCUGCAGGAGUGGCUGCAUCUCUACCCACUGUCCCUCUCUCCCCACCAUCCCUCUCUCCCCACUGCCGCUCUCUCCCCACUCAAUCCCCCACUUUCCCACUUCCCACCUCACCCUCACCAGGUGAUGGAGCAGCUGUUCGGGCUGGUGAAAUUCCCCCAUCUAUUCACCCCCGCCCUCUCCCCACUCCCCAUCUCUCCCACCUCUCCCCACCUCUCCCCACCGCGCCCCACCAGGUGAUGGAGCAGCUGUUCGGGUUGGUGAACUCAUUGCUGCAAGCCCAUGAGGGGGCCACCAGGCGCCACCUCGCCAUCCGCACGUACAAGGUGACUCCCUCUCUCUGCGCCUCCUGCAUGGCACUUGUGCAUUCCAGCCCGCAGUGUCAGUGCAUGCAAGCCCAUGCGGGGGCCACCACGCAUCAUUCCUCUCCAUCUGCUCCCUCCCUCUGCCAUCUGCUCCCUCCCUCUGCCAUCUGCUCCCUCCCUCUGCCAUCUGCUCCCUCCCUCUGCCAUCUGCUCCCUCCCUCUGCCAUCUGCUCCCUCCCUCUGCCAUCUGCUCCCUCCCUCUGCCAUCUGCUCCCUCCCUCUGCCAUCUGCUCCCUCCCUCCGCCAUCUGCUUCCUCCCUCUGCCAUCUGCUCCCUCCCUCCGCCAUCUGCUCCCUCCCUCCGCCAUCUGCUCCCUCCCUCCGCCAUUUGCUCCCUCCCUCUGCCAUCUGCUCCCUCCCUCUGCCACCUGCUCCCUCCCUCUGCCAUCUGCUCCCUCCCUCUGCCAUCUGCUCCCUCCCUCUGCCAUCUGCUCCCUCCCUCUGCCAUCUGCUCCCUCCCUUCACUGUGUGCAUCAUUCCUCUCCAUCUGCUCCCUCCCUCUGCCCCUACCUGCCCAUCUCUCUGCCACUUGCCUCGCCCUCCUUCCCCUCUGCACGGCCUGUCAGGUGGUGCCCUUCACUCCCAGCGCAGCUAA